AACCUGGAAACGGUUUUCCAAAAGCAUUUGCCCGUAAGAGCAACUGCCACUCGUGUAUCGCACCUGGUUCUCGCACACGUGUCACAUAUAUGUCAGAUCACAGCCGUUCAUCUGAUGAGCAACGCGAUGGAUGGGCGAUACCUCUAACGUCACAGUAACGGGAUGAUUCAAACCGAAGGAUUAGAUGACAAGUGAAUAUUCGAAGUGGACGGUUAGAUCAUCUGUCCUCGGAGCGAUAGCGGUUAGAAGCGGGUAGGUAUGGUUGGGGUUUUGGGCUUGUCUGAGAGAGAGAGAGAGAGGGAGAGAUGAAGGAAACGGCAGUCGCUACAGCAGCUGAAGCUGAUGGAGGCGGCCGAGUCGGGGUCGGGUCGGAGGACCGAGUCAAGGGGCCAUGGUCUCCGGAAGAAGACGCGAUUCUGAGCCGACUCGUCGGCAAGUUCGGGGCGAGGAAUUGGAGCCUGAUCGCCCGAGGAAUCGCCGGUCGCUCUGGCAAGUCGUGCCGCCUCCGAUGGUGUAAUCAGCUCGACCCUGGCGUCAAGCGCAAGCCCUUCACUGAGGAGGAAGACCGCAUUAUAGUUGCUGCCCAUGCAAUCCAUGGAAACAAAUGGGCAUCGAUUGCGAGGUUGCUACGAGGGAGAACGGACAAUGCAAUCAAGAAUCACUGGAAUUCCACUCUGAGGCGCAGGUGCAUUGAUCUUGACAGGUUGAAGGUCAUGGCUUGCGAUGUGUUGGAAGACACUAGCAUAGAGAAAACCAAAGCAUCUUCCGAGGAAACACUCUCAUGUGGGGAUGUCAAUUCCUUUAAGUGCUUUGAAGGAAAAGAUGCUGUUAGCUCAAUCGAAUAUAUUUCUGGCCAUUCCAAUGAUAAAAUCCAAAUUGGAGAUGAUCAGUUCAAAGUUGAAGCAAAAGAGCCACCAAACCUUUUCCGCCCAGUCGCAAGAGUAAGUGCUUUCAGUAUGUAUAAUGCAGCAAAUGGUCCCACAAGCAGCUCCCCGUUGGUGAGAUCAAUCCCAGCCCGGGGGCCAUUGAUCCAAGUCCCCAGACCUGAUGUCGGGAUCUGCAAGUUGCUCGACAGAGUUAACAGUGAGCAGCAGGUGCCCUUGCAAUGUGGGCAUGGUUGCUGUGGGACCCAAAGUGGCAAUCGUCCUCGAAGUUCUUUGUUGGGGCCCAAGUUUAUUGAGUUCGUAGGGCCUCCGCCCAUCACAAAUAUCGAAUUGGCCACAGUAGCAACAGACUUAAGUAAUAUUGCCUGGUGCAAGAGUGGCUUGUUGAAUGGUGGCACGGUGGUAUUGGAUUGCUCAGCAGGACAGAUAAUGUCACAAGGGACUCAACUGCAACCGCUGUAUACUAAAGAGAGUAUGGAGGGUAAUCUGUUACAAUCGAAAAUGGUGGAAAUUAGUUAGCAGGCAUGAUGACGGCAAUGCUACUGACCUAGAUGGGUCAGCUAACUGAAUAUGGAAGUCAUCAUUUCUUCUCUCGUGGGACUCUUAUCUACUGCAAGAAGUGGCUAGAGCUUGCUGUUUUGGAUCAUAAAUAGGAAAUAAAGUUCUUUUUGAACUUCGAAGUUAUCUUUGUGCAGAAAUCAAAACAUCCCCGAAUUUCUCUGGGGCCAGGAAAGACAAACUUACGCAUUGAGAAGAGUGGAGCCUCACUUAAAUGGCAGAUGAAUGGUAUUCUCCAAGUGUAGUUACUGAUCAAAGUCCGGAUUUCGCUGAAUGGUUGCUGUCUUCCAUUGUGGAGGAUGAAUCGGAAGAUUAUUCAGGAGAAAUUGUUCAUCGAAGCAUUUCAAUGCAUGUUUUUAAGACAUGUUUCUGCAUUUGGUGGUCACAUGACCAGGUAAGUGGAAUCAUAUCUCGCACCCAUGAAGGUGAGGAAGCAAAUUUGUGGUUUCUUUUAUUGAUACUAAGGUGUGGACCCACAUCAAGAUCGCUGUAAGAAACAAUCAAAUGAAAAGGUUACUUUUGUACUGUGUCAUGUAUGAAGCCUAUGGCUACCUACCUCAAUGUGGAAGUUCUAUCCAAGAAGGUAUGGGAAAUACUUCUCUUGAUGGACUUCUUAGUUAUGUAUUGAUUCUCGAACCAAAGAUAUAUGUACCUGCGUGCAUGCGUGCAUGUGUGGGUGAUAUGUUCUAGAA